AUGUGGCGGCGCACUUACCUGCUGCUCGUCCUCAUCCGGCUGUGGUUUGCCCUGUCGCCCAGCUAUCUACACCCGGACGAGAAUUUCCAAGGGCCAGAGGUCAUCGCCGGCCAAAUCUUCAGCUACCCAGUCCGACGCACAUGGGAAUUCACGAGCGACAACCCGAUACGAAGCGUCUUUCCUCUAUGGCCCGUCUACGGGCUGCCGAUGCUGCUGCUGCGGUGGCUGUGGAUCGGUAAUGGCCAAGAUGGCGAAAUACCUCCCAUCGCCGUCUUCUGGACGCUCCGCGUCCUCAUGUUCCUCAUCAGCUUCGUCCUCGAGGACUGGGCGCUGCACGAGCUGAUACCUUCGCCGCGACACCGUCGCGUCGCGGUCCUCCUUGUCGCAUCGUCCUACGUCACUUGGACUUAUCAGACCCAUACCUUUUCCAACUCGAUCGAGACCUUGGUCGUGGCCUGGAGCCUGGUGCUGAUCCAGCGCAUCGCCGAUGAUCAGCAGCAGUCGUCUCUCAUGGCGUCUACGGUUCUUGGCAUCGUUGCCGUCUUCGGCAUUUUCAACCGCAUCACUUUCCCAGCUUUUCUCCUAGUUCCCGGUCUCCGUCUGAUACCCCAUUUCCUGAAAAAGCCUUUGUCGCUCGCAGCCCUGGUCUCGGCCGCAGCCCUUACUACUAUAAUCGCGAUCGCGCUGGAUACCGCUUUCUACUCAUCAGAGCCCAUUACCUGGGCGCACCUAAUCACAAAACCCGUCAUCACUCCCCUCAAUAAUUUUAAAUACAACUCAUCCACCGACAACCUAGCUCAACAUGGCCUGCACCCGUGGUACCAGCACCUGCUGGCUAACCUUCCUCAGCUCCUGGGGCCAGCGGCUGUGCUCCUGUUCACUCAGCCUCACUUAUCGAUCCGACUAUAUUCUGCCAUCUCGGGGCUUGCGGUCCUGUCGGUAUUUCAACACCAAGAAGCCCGAUUUUUGUUGCCUACUGUCCCUUUGAUACUGUCCUCGGUCCGGCUGCCCAAGAAUAAGACAGUACUGCGGGUCUGGACUGCCGCCUGGAUUGGGUUCAACCUGUUCUUCGGCGUCUUGAUGGGCAUCUAUCACCAGGGGGGCAUAGUGCCGGGACAGGUGUUCAUGAGCAACCAGCCCGAUGCCACCAACGCUAUUUGGUGGAAAACAUACACUCCGCCUAUAUGGCUGCUGAACGGCAAGAACGAAGUCCUGACAACCAAGGACGUGAUGGGGCUGAAGGGUGAGGCGCUGCUUCAACAGCUCACCCAGCUGGCAACCUGCGAUGUCCCUGCCGACAGGCGGAGCAAGGAGUACUUGAAGGAGAAGAAUGGCACUUAUCUGAUCGCCCCCGCGUCGGCGACCUGGCUGGACCCAUAUCUACCCAACAAGGGGCUCCAGGGGCUGCGCUUCCGAGAGGUCUGGCGGUACCGCAAACAUCUGAACCUAGACGAUAUGGAUUUUGGCGACGAUGGGAUAUGGCAGACCCUCACGCGGGUCAUUGGCAGAAGAGGUCUGGUUGCGUGGAGGGUCACCAAAAGCUGCUAA